CAUCAACUUUAACCACAACUGCAUUUAUAAAGAAGCGUGGAUCUGCAAUAGGAAAGGCUUUCCCUUUCUUCCAUAAUCACAAAAAAUAAACUGAGCUAGGAAUCCACAUCUGGUCUUUUGGAAAUACUGUUAUAUACUUAAGCUGCGGUACAAAUGAUGCAGUGUGACUACUGCAGAGAAGAUUUGAAGCCUGCUGUGAAUACCUGUGUACAAUGUAAAAUCUCUCUCUGUGGCUUUCACCUUGAAAUGCAUGAAGCAAAAUUUUCACAAGGUGCUCAUGAUCUUAUAUCACCCACUGAGUCUCUGAAGGAGUGGAUCUGCUCAGAACAUGGUAAGUUGAAAGAGUAUUACUGCAAGGAUGAUGAGAUUCCUAUCUGUGCAUCAUGUGGCAUUCUUGGCUCACACAAGUCUCACCACAUCCAAGAUAUAACGGCUGCCAAUCAUGAGAAAAAAAGUAAUCUCAACACAUUUAAAGAAGAGAUCACUCAAAUAAGUGAACAUUUCACAUUAGCGGUCAAGGAUCUAAAAUAUCAGCAGUCUGUUCUCAUGGAGUUCAAGAAUAAAGGCAAAAAUCAAAUUAAAGAGAUAUGUAAUAGACUCCAUGGGCUAGUACAGCAAAAAGAAGAAACGCUGUUCGCUUCAUUCGAUUUCAUUCAAGAUAAUCUGUCUCAAAUGUUAUUACAAAACAUGCGCAUGCUAGAAGGGAAACAAAAGUCUAUAAAUGCUUUUAUCACUGAAGCAGAGAAACUGCAAGGUCAAUGUAAUAGUCUCCAUUUUUUAAAGACUUUGAAAUCACUGUAUGAGAGAUUUCAGACUGCUAGAGAAUCAGAAAAAGUGAGAACAACAAUAAAAGUGCUGAAUGAACAAGAAAUUGAAGAAAUUUUUCAACAAGCUCAGAGGAACUUGAACGAGACAUUUGAAAUUAUUGAAAAUCAUGUGAAGUUAUGUUUCAACUUCACAUUUUCACAAAUAAUGGAGCAGGAAGGUUCUAAACAUAGAGAAGAAAGAGUAGCUAGUGCUUCUUAUCAGAAUACUUUUGCCUCUGAAAGUGUCCAACUACCUUGUAUAAGAGGAAAAAUCAGUCCACUUUCAAAUGAAUGUUUAAACUCCCCUUUGCAAAGUGGAUAUUCGGACAACAAAGUUCCUGAAAUCAGUGAAGACCUUCUCAAUAAUGAGCCAUCACCUGGUGAUAUAGACACCCUGAAUACCUGUUUAAAAUCACAGCACAGACUUUACCAGAAGGUGACACUUAAACCAGAUAAUAAUGAAACAGAUCAUUAUAAACUAGAAAUGAGCUCAGACAAAAGGUGGACACUAUGCUUAAAGCCUGGACAUGAUGAGACAAAAUUAUACGUACCAUAUGUUGUAUGUAGCCCAUCAUUCUCAUCUGGGAAGCAUUGCUGGGAAGUGGAAAUACACGGAGAAGGAAAAUGGAUUAUUGGAGUUUCAGAGGUCAAAGAUAUGGACAACAACAGGUCACAAUACAGCUGGAGAAUAGAAUGGGAUGGUUAUAAACUUUCUGCCUGGUGUUCAAAAACUAAAAUUCCAAUGGAGAAAAGCAUAAGUUUUAAUAGCACUACAAUUUCCAUAUUCUGUAAUCGAGAAAAAGGAUAUCUUGCAUUUUAUGACUCACGAAAACGGUCAGAGUCAGAAAAACUUGUCACUACUGAGCCCAUCUCAGACUAUAUUUUACAUAAGUUUGAAAUUAAAGGGGUUAAGGGAGCUUUCUUUCCUUUCUUUAGCAUACUGGACUGUAAUAUAACACUACUGUAGUUAACGGGAGAGAAAUUGUUAUGAUGCAGUGGUCAGAUCGGUUGCAGGGACACCUAGCACUGUAACUAAUUAACCAUAUUUGCUCAUUCUUUAACGUGCUACUGUUAAAUCAAAAGAUAACCCAGUUAACCAUGAUAAUUAGCUGUAUUUCUUUCAUGUGUAUUUUUAAUCGGAUUUUCCCUUUGCUUAUAAGAGCAUAAGAGUAGAACAAUAAUAUCUGUAGUUGUUCUAAGGUAUUAGCAUUUGAGGUUGUAGGCGAAGUGAACUGAGCUCCUAGAAAUUCAGCAAAAUGUAUUCUAUGCACAUUUCUGAAGUAGCUUGCUGUGUUUUUAAAAUAG